AAAUGGCGGUUGUAGCUUCUGGGGAAAUCAGCUUGCGCCAAAACCCCCAGUAAAUUGGCAAGAUCGCUGUAAGCAAAAUCGAUAAUGGAGAUGGACAUCGACGCCACUUCCGAAGUUCAAGAAGGUGGUGAGGAGAAUAAGGGAAAGCAAAUCGUGGUGGUACUUGUGGGUGCUCCAGGAAGUGGGAAAUCUACCUUCUGUGAAAACAUCAUGCGUUCCUCUUCCCGUUCCUGGGCUCGUGUCUGUCAGGAUACCAUUAAUAAUGGCAAAUCAGGGACAAAACAACAAUGCAUAAGCAGUGCAGCUACGGCACUGAAGGAAGGAAAAAGUGUAUUUAUUGACAGGUGCAACUUGGACAGUGAACAACGUUCAGACUUUGUGAAAUUUGGCAGUCCCCAAAUAGAGGUUCAUUCUGUGGUGCUUGACCUUCCUGCACAGCUUUGUAUCUCACGAUCAGUGAAACGGACUGGACAUGAGGGAAAUCUGCAAGGUGGAAAAGCGGCAGCAGUUGUGAACAGAAUGCUGCAAAAGAAAGAACUUCCUAAGUUGAGUGAAGGGUUUUCUCGAAUUACAUUUUGUCAGAAUGAAAGUGAUGUUCAAACUAUUCUAGACACAUAUGGUAAACUUGGGCCCUCAGAUACCCUUCCAAAUGGUUGCUUUGGCCAGAAGAACUCAGAUGCCAAAGUUCAACAGGGUAUUAUGAAGUUCUUUAAGAAAUUAGAGGUCCCUUCAGAUGUAGCAUCCAAUACAAGUGAUAUUCAGAGUGCUGUGCCUUCUCAUGUUAUUGAGAAAAAGGAUCAAUCUGUGACCCAUGAAGAGGUAAAGGUAAGAAAUGAGCAAGUAGCUAAUGUUCCCACUUUGGCAUUUCCAUCUAUUUCUACUGCAGAUUUCCAAUUUAACCAUGAGAAGGCAUCUGAUAUUAUUGUUGAGACAAUAGAGGAAUUCAUGGAUAAGCUUGGUAAUGCAAGGCUUGUUCUGGUGGACUUGGGUCAUGGAUCAAAAAUUUUAUCCUUGGUUAAGACUAAAGCUGUACAAAGAAACAUUGAUUCUAAAAGGUUCUUCACAUUUGUUGGAGAUAUAACCAGACUUCAUUCAGAUGGAGGUUUGCACUGCAAUGUAAUAGCUAAUGCUGCAAACUGGCGACUGAAACCUGGGGGUGGAGGAGUGAAUGCUGCAAUCUUCAAAGCUGCUGGUCCAGCUUUAGAGGCUGCUACCAAGGAGCGUGCUAAAUCUCUUUUACCAGGAAAUGCUGUUGUUGUUCCUCUCCCUUCAAAUUCUCCCCUGUAUAAUGGGGAAGGCAUAACCCAUGUAAUACAUGUUCUUGGUCCAAAUAUGAACCCACACAGACCAAAUUAUCUUGACAAUGACUAUACCAAAGGCUGCAAGAUUCUACAUGACACUUACACAUCACUUUUUGAAGGUUUUUUAUCUGUAGUUCAGGCCCAAGCAAGGUUUCCUAAGAGAAGCAGUGAAAGCAUUCGUACAGAGCCAUUAGUGUCAAAAGAUAAGACAGAGGGUGUCUCUGGAAGUUAUUUUCCUGAUAGUGAUGGAAAUAUUAAAGAAGAUGACCACAAUGAGUUUGAGAAAAGCAAAAAGUUUAGGGGAUCUGAAGGCAAAGUCAGUUCUCAUGGUAAUCAUCCUAGGGAAAAAGAGGAGAAUAGGAAGAUCAAUGGGGCAGCUAUGAACAAGGCAUGGGGCUCUUGGGCUCAGGCUCUUUAUGACACUGCUAUGCACCCUGAGAAGCAUAAGGAUGUUGUUCUGGAGACAUCAGAUGAUGUUGUUGUUAUAAAUGAUGUUUAUCCCAAGGCGAAAAAGCACCUUUUGGUGUUGGCACGAUGCAAAGGCCUCGAUCAGUUGUCAGAUGUGUGCACUGAGCAUCUUCAGUUGUUAAAGACAAUGCAUGCAGUAGGAUUAAAGUGGGCUGAGAAAUUCUUUAAUGAAGAUGCAUCUUUGGUCUUCCGCCUUGGAUAUCACUCAGACCCUUCAAUGCGACAACUGCACCUGCACGUUAUUAGCCAAGAUUUUGAUUCCAAACACCUCAAAAACAAGAAGCAUUGGAACUCAUUCAACACUGCCUUUUUCCGUGACUCUGUUGAUGUAAUUGAAGAAGUAACUGAUCAAGGAAAGGCUACACUAAGAGACGAUGACAGCCUCAUGUCAAUGGAGUUACGUUGCCACCGGUGCAGAAGUGCUCACCCCAACAUUCCCAGGCUGAAAUCACAUAUUACCAAUUGUCGAGCUCCUUUUCCUGCCAACCUACAGCAAAACAACCGUCUAGUUGCUCCCACCAGGUAAAACCGUCCAUGAUCACCGUUGCUUAUAAAUCAUGCUUCAUCAUCAAAAUUUUGUUUGUGUAUACUGUUAAAUGAAGCUGGUGAAGAAACUCUCUGCUUGCCCUAUCACCUUGGAAAUGAAUACUCGUGGUCAAUGCUUCCUUAAUUUUUUUUUAGUAUUAUUUUUCCAAAAAUGAAUAUGCCUUUCUGAA